AUGUCGAAACUCUUCACCCCGCUACAGAUCGGGCGCGUGGAGCUCUCCAACCGCAUCGCAAUGGCACCGCUCACACGCUUCCGCGCCGACGACCAGCAUGUCCCGCUACCGUUCGUCAAAGACUACUACGCGCAGCGGGCAUCAGUACCCGGCACGCUCCUCGUGACAGAGGGCACCUUCAUCACGCCGCAAGCCGGCGGCGCGCCCAACGUCCCGGGGAUCUACAGCGAGGCCCAGAUCGCCGCCUGGAAGAACAUCACAGACGCCGUGCACGCCAAGGGCUCGUACAUCUACAUGCAGCUCUGGGCGCUGGGCCGAACCGCCAACCCAGGGGUUCUAUCUGCCGAGGGCGGGUUCGACGUAGUCUCCAGCAGCGCGAUCCCAGAACCCGCAGACAACGCGACACCACGGCCACUGAGUGAGUCCGAGAUCCAGUCCUGGAUCGCCGACUACGCACAGGCGGCGCGCAAUGCCGUGGCGGCUGGUUUCGACGGCGUCGAGAUCCACGCCGCCAACGGAUACCUGCUCGACCAGUUCAUCCAGGACGUCAGCAACACGCGGACGGACGGCUGGGGCGGCAGCGUCGAGAAGCGGGCGCGGUUCGCGAUCGAGGCGACGCGCGCUGUGGUCGAUGCCGUCGGCGCAGACCGCACGGCCAUCCGGUUUAGCCCGUGGAGUACCUUCCAAGCCAUGCGCAUGCGCGACCCGGAGCCGCAGUUUGCGUAUCUGGCGCGCCAGCUGGCGCCGCUGCGGCUGGCGUAUGUGCAUCUUGUUGAGGGCCGUAUCGCGGGUAAUGUCGAGGUCGCUGAUGAUACGGCGGACGGCCUGGAUUUCUUCCUCGAUGCUUAUGGCGAUGCCGGGCCGGUUGUUGUUGCCGGUGGAUACACGGCUGAGUCGGCGCCUGCUGCUGUUGAUGGCAGGUAUGCCGGUCGCGAUGUUGUCGUUGCUUUUGGGCGCCGAUUCAUCUCCAACCCGGACUUGCCGUUCCGAAUCAAGGCUGGGGUUCCGCUCGAGCCAUACCAGCGCGAGCUCUUUUAUCUGCCUAAGAAUCCCAGGGGGUAUAUUGACUAUGAAUUCAGUCCUGAGUUCAAGGCUGCAGACGUGGGGGCUUGA